UAAUUAGUGUCAUUUCUCUCUCUCUCUCUAGAUAUACAUAUAUAAAAAACUUGCAACACCGCGGACAAACGCUUCUCAUGCACGAAUAGUGCACGUAGAUCGUAUUAAUAGUGACUUUCGGUGAAUAUAUUAAACCUUUUCUGAGCGUUGACCUUCGAACAGUUUCUCGUGCAGCGUUCACACGCAUUAAACAAGAUGUCAAGGAAAGUGGUCGAACUGUUUUACGACGUGGUUUCACCUUAUUCCUGGCUGGGAUUUGAGGUGUUGUGUCGCUACAGAAAUGUGUGGAACAUGGAGCUCAAAUUGCGCCCCGCCUUUCUGGGCGGAGUCAUGCACGAGUCAGGUAACAGGCCACCUGGGAUGGUGCCAAAUAAAGGUCUGUACAUGGUGAAGGACUUAAACCGGCUGGCGUCUUUUAUGAACGUCCCUCUGCGUCAUCCAUCUGACCCGUUUGAGGUCAUGUUUAAUAAAGGUUCUCUUGCUGCAAUGCGUUUUAUAACCGCUGUAGCGGAGAAAGAGAAGGAUGGUUAUCACCUGGUGGAGAACGUUUCUAGAGAACUGUGGAAGCGAAUAUGGAGCACAGAUCAGGACAUCUGCGAGCCAGCGUCUCUCUCUGAGGCAGGCCUGAAGGCCGGUUUGUCCUCCAGCGAAGUAGAAGAACUCCUCCGCCUGGCCAAAUCUCAGCCAAUCAAAGACAAACUGAAACAAACAACACACGAAGCACUCGAAUACAAGGCGUUCGGGUUUCCCCUCAUCGUCUGUCAUGUUGGCGGAAAACCUCAGGUGUUUUUCGGAUCGGACAGAUUCGAGCUCAUGGCUCACUCAAUCGGAGAGAAGUGGCUUGGUCCAGAACCUAACAAGCCAACUUCACAUCUUUAACAACACCCUUUACAGAUUUAUUUCAAUAAAAUCUGUACUUACUUCUAA